GGUAGUGUAUAUCAGGGAGAUCUGGGUUGCAUCUUCUGAAGAAAGACGCAUUUUUGUUACUCGUCUAAACCUUAAGGGGAGUUUUUAGCUUUUGGUCAGCGAGUGGUUCCUGGAAAACAUCUGAAUCGUUUUAUAACCAAACACAGCUGCCGUGCCAGUGUAUGUGUGUGUGCGUGACAGUUUGUAUGUGUGUGUUCAUCCGUAUGUGGAAGAGGGAGAGAGAGUGAGGGUAUCUGUUUGCUUCCCUUUCCAAAACGGAAAGAAAGAAAAAAGUUUGGAAGUCUUUUUCUCCCAGUAACUUUUUUUAGGCAUGAACGCCGAGACGUGCGUCUCAUACUGCGAUAUGACAUCCAUGGAUUCAUAUUAUAGCCCCUCUGCACCGCAAGGUAGGGAUCAUCCGACGAACCCGUUUAGGACAUUCCAAGUAAGUGACAACAAAUACAGCCCCACUUUCCUGCCAAACAAAGGUCAGGCUUACGGAGAAAAGUCUCGGAGCCCAUUCCAACAGGAGUGUCAGUCAUUGGAUGCCACCGCUGGGGAAGGCACCUUUAACAAAUACCACCUCUUCAUGCAGAGGUCUUCUUGCAAAACCCCCCCCGAAGGAGGCAAACUGCACCAAGAAAGCGGACACAACGGAGCGCUCAUUCCCUGCUAUGGUAAAGACAGCUCAGGACUGACAGACUCUGACCUGACCCCGAACUCUGACCCCUCUGGGAUGGACGGCAGCUACCUGAGUGUGAAGGAUCAAGGCGUGAAGGGCCCCUCGGACCGACCAGGCUCGGACAUGGCCGGCCCCAUGGACAAGGGCGAGGGUGAGAGUAACAAGGGCAAGAAGAGGCGUAACCGCACCACCUUCACCAGCUACCAACUGGAGGAGCUGGAGAAGGUCUUCCAGAAGACCCACUACCCAGAUGUGUACGCCCGCGAGCAGCUGGCCCUCCGGACUGACCUGACCGAGGCCCGGGUACAGGUGUGGUUCCAGAAUCGCCGAGCCAAAUGGAGGAAGAGGGAGCGCUUUGGUCAGAUGCAGCAGGUCAGGACACACUUCUCCACGGCAUACGAGCUGCCUCUUCUAGCCAGACCUGAGAACUAUGCACAGAUACAGAACCCAUCAUGGAUCGGUGGCGGCAGCGGAGCGUCUCCUGUACCAGGCUGUGUAGUGCCCUGUGACUCAGUCACAUCCUGUAUGACCCCUCACCCUCACUCCGGCAGCGGCGUAUCAGACUUCCUGGGCGUCCCGAACCCUGGGGGUCACAUGGGACAGACACACAUGGGCAGCCUGUUUGGGGGUCCUGGCAUGGGGUCAGGGAUCAACGGGUACGAUCUGAACAGCAUGGACCCAGACCGCAAGUCCUCCAGCAUCGCCGCCUUGCGUAUGAAGGCCAAGGAGCACAGUGCAGCCAUCUCCUGGGCAACAUGAUGCCUCAACAGCAGCAGGACAGGGGCCUCUUGGAACCCCACCACGUCCAAACCAAGCCAAAGCAGAGAGGGGGGGCCAGUCUGUGCUACUAUAACAGAAAUAUUGAUAAUCUAAAAUAAUAAUGAUGAUAAAAGCCAUAAAAGCCAUAGCAAAUUGCUGAAGAGGAGAGAAAAGAGACUAACAAAUCUGGACAGUGAACUUCUUCUUCUUUGUGUCUCUGAUGGGAGAGACCAGUGGACAUCAGAGAUGAACAACAGUUAGUCAGUCAGGUAGUCAAAGCUUGAGGUAAGACGCAGGAAAUCAAGAAUCAGACCUAUCCUUGAAGAGACAAAUUAAUUGGUUGCUUGUUGGAAACAAUGUGCUGGUUAUACAGUAGCUAUAAACUAUAACACAACAAAAAUAACAAAAAAAGCGGAUUAGAUUUGAACCAAUCCCUGCACUUAUUCAGUUAAUACAGGUAAUGCUGUUUGUACAGAUAUUGAGAUGCGUCUGCUAACACACCUGCUAGUGAGAGUCAACAAAGCUUUUUCUGUUCAGGUGUCAUUAUACUUUCUUGUUUUCCGGUAUUUAAAUGUUGUGUGUAUUUUUAAUUCAUUUUGAUCCUGGUUUUGUCACAGAAUCCCUUGUCCCUUUCUGUCAGACUGUGUGUGAAUGCAACUAACCACAUAAACUGCAAACUGAUAUUCACAUAUUUACAUACAUUUGGCCUGAUUUGGGUCUGUGUGUCCAUUUGGGUUUCCUAAGGUCAUUUUGGUCAGCUUCACUUCAAGGAGAGGGGUGUAGGUAACGGUCAAGCCCAAAGCCGAUCCAUCUCUGUCAGACUAACUGAAAGAAUGCUGAUAAAAUCAGUCAUAUUCUUCAGUUUGGGAAAGACGUAAACCAUUUCAAAGGUAGCUUACUGUUUCUGGUAUGCAUGGUCAGCACUAGCAUACUUUAGGUUGGUGCUACCUUCCAACACUUAAAUGUCAGAUAUCAAUCCAGGUUUGUUUAAGUGCGGGCAGACAGAGAGGCCUACUUGCACCGCUGAUGGACAGUCACUGAGCCAGAGAUGGAUGGGGAUGAGGAAGUGGUGUGUGUGAGUAUGAGAGAGAGGCACAGCAGGCCUGCUGGGGCCUACAGGUCUGAGAGCACCAGACAGGCUCAGCUCUGUUUGCAGGAGGAGAUUCAAAGUGGACAUGCCAUUUCCUCCCUUGGCAUUUCCUCACCUCACAUUUCCACCUAGGGAGUUACAGGAAAAGUGCCCUCCAGUCCCAUUGCCAGAGAUAACACCCAGCGGCAGCCUUGAAAAGCAGAGAGGCCGUGUAGAUUAUACAGAUUAUGCAGUUUUUGUAGAUUAUACAGUUAUUGAGGGGGGUAAUAAAAUGCUGACUAACGCCAUCAAUGUUGACCACUGUCUCUUUUCAUGCAAAGCCUCAC